GGCCUGCCCGCGGCGGGACCUCCCGGCCGCCCUCCCUCUCCCGGGUUCUCUUUCCGUUUCUGCAGCCGGGCCAAGGCCCGUGCGCGCGGCCCGCGGGCCCAUUGUGUCCCGCUCCGGCCGGGCGACCCUCGCCGUGCUCGGAGGACCGCCGCGGGCGCUGCCCUUUCCGAGCCCGGGCCGAGCGGGGCGCCCGGGAGGGGGACUCCGGGCCCCCGGGCAUCCCGCGCGGGUUCCUUUCCGUGCCCCACCGGCCGCCCUGGGGUCGAGGUCAGGGAAAGUUCGCACCGAAAUUCCCUCUUGAUUUAUUCAAAGGUGCUGAUUUUGGAUUAUGUUCUAGAACAUCAAGAAUAGUGAUUUCUACUUGUCAGGACUGCAAACUCAGAAGCUGCAGAGAAUCCUAUGUAAAUAAACUGUGAUCUCUUUUGCUGCCCUUUUACAUUAGGAGACCCCUUUAUUUCACCACAUCCGAGGAGUAUAUAUAUAACUAGCACAGUCAUUAUGAAUGUGACAAGUUUGUUUUCCUUCACAAGUCCAGCUGUGAAGAGACUUCUCGGGUGGAAACAGGGUGAUGAAGAAGAAAAAUGGGCAGAGAAGGCUGUUGAUGCGCUGGUGAAAAAACUGAAGAAGAAGAAGGGUGCCAUGGAGGAGCUGGAGAAGGCCCUGAGCUGUCCCGGGCAGCCCAGUAACUGUGUCACCAUCCCCCGCUCUCUGGACGGCAGGCUGCAGGUCUCCCACCGGAAGGGACUGCCUCACGUCAUUUACUGCCGCGUGUGGCGCUGGCCUGAUCUUCAGAGCCACCAUGAACUGAAGCCACUGGAAUGCUGUGAGUUCCCUUUUGGCUCCAAGCAGAAGGAAGUCUGCAUCAAUCCCUACCACUAUAAGCGAGUAGAAAGCCCCGUUCUUCCUCCAGUGCUGGUUCCGAGACACAGCGAAUAUAACCCUCAGCACAGCCUCCUAGCUCAGUUCCGGAACCUGGGACAGAAUGAGCCUCACAUGCCACUCAACGCCACUUUUCCAGAUUCUUUCCAGCAGCCCAACAGCCACCCGUUCCCUCAUUCUCCCAACAGCAGUUACCCGAACUCUCCCGGAAGCAGCAGCAGCACCUAUCCUCACUCUCCCACCAGCUCAGACCCGGGCAGCCCUUUCCAGAUGCCAGCUGAUACUCCCCCACCUGCCUACUUGCCUCCGGAGGACCCCAUGACCCAGGAUGGCUCUCAACCAAUGGACACAAAUAUGAUGGCGCCUUCCCUGCCCUCAGAAAUCAACAGAGGAGAUGUUCAGGCAGUUGCUUAUGAGGAACCAAAACACUGGUGCUCUAUUGUCUACUAUGAGCUCAACAAUCGAGUGGGUGAAGCGUUCCAUGCCUCCUCCACAAGUGUGUUGGUGGAUGGUUUCACUGAUCCUUCCAACAAUAAGAACCGUUUCUGCCUUGGGCUGCUCUCCAAUGUUAACCGGAAUUCCACUAUUGAAAACACCAGGCGGCAUAUUGGAAAAGGAGUGCAUCUUUACUAUGUUGGAGGGGAGGUGUAUGCCGAAUGCCUCAGUGACAGUAGCAUCUUCGUGCAAAGUCGGAACUGCAACUACCAUCAUGGAUUUCACCCCACGACUGUUUGCAAGAUCCCUAGUGGGUGUAGCUUGAAAAUUUUUAACAACCAAGAAUUUGCUCAGUUGUUGGCACAGUCUGUGAACCAUGGUUUCGAGACCGUCUACGAGCUCACAAAAAUGUGUACUAUACGCAUGAGCUUUGUGAAGGGCUGGGGAGCAGAAUACCACCGCCAGGAUGUUACUAGCACCCCCUGCUGGAUUGAGAUACAUCUGCACGGUCCCCUCCAGUGGCUGGAUAAAGUUCUCACCCAGAUGGGUUCACCUCAUAAUCCUAUUUCAUCAGUGUCUUAAAUGGCCUCAGGCUUCUGCCUCUUGAAAACUAUUGAGCCUUGCAUGUACUUGAAGGAUGGAUGAGUCAGACCCAAUGGAGAGCUGACAAAGGAGCCUUGAUAAUACUUGACCUCUGUGACCAACUGUUGGAUUCAGAAAUUUGAA